GGUUGUCAUCUCCUUGAUAAACAGUUCUUAGCCCGGACGCAAACCUGUGCCUUUUAGUUCGCCCACCACUGUUACGAAAACAGCAUGGACAGACUGAAAUUCAACAACUUGGUGAUAACCAACAAGAAAGAGAUCCAAAAGGCACGCGCCCAGACCAUCGCCAAGCUCGUCCAGAAGCUGCGAAAGACAAAAGAUGUGCUGGCCAAAAAGCCGGACAGCGACAAGGAGAAGAUCCGUCUGCGCAAAUAUAGCGAAUGCCUGGCCCAGCUGAAGGCCCUGAAAUGUUUGGAUAUAGUGCGUGAAUGUCUCCUUCAAGAGGGCACCAAUCCCAAUGCGGUGCUAGCCAGCGAGCGCUCCACUCCGGAUGAACUGGGCAUCGCCAUGCUGCGGCUAAACAAACUGAUGCACGGACUGGUGGACACGUUCGUGAAGGCCCUCGAGCUGAGCACCGACAAGGAGGCCAAGUGGCGGGAGGAGAUCCUGGAGACAAGCAAGCGACGGGCCAAAAUCGAACGCACUGAGGAGCGGAAAAGGAAACGCAAGGAGCUGAAGGAGCAGAAGGCUCUAACCAAGAACAGAUUGGAGUGGUUGGAGCAGAACAAAGUGGCGGGUUCAGAAGUUCCAUCAACGACAGCAACGGAGGAUACAACUUCUGCUGUUCAAGUCAACCAGGAUGAAAAGCAAGAUAUCUCCGAGACGCCAGCCAAAACAGAAAAGCCUGCAGUUCCUAACAAAGAAAAGAAGGACAAGAAAAUUGCCAAAAAAGAAAGGAUCCUAAAGAAAGAUAAACCUGUUGUCACAAAGGAUGAGAAGCCCAAACCAGAGAUCCCUAAGCCAGUUCCUAAAAAGGAAAUUGUUAAGAAAAUCAAGGAACAUAGUACAAAGCCCCUAGAGAAGCAACCACAAAAAGAAGUCAAACCGAAAGAACCUAAGCCAAAACCUGUGGACAGAAAGCCAGCCAGGGAACAGAAGCCUAAACCUCGACCAGAAAGGCAGCCUAGCAUUGAAGAAGAUGAAGAUGAGCCCAAACCUGACAGCAAUCGUCCCACACAUGUAGUUGAUCCCUUUUUCAUCACGGAAUCAGGGCAGCCCUACUUGUCCACCGCUGUGGUUCUUUCCGGCGACAAUGACAGCGAAGCUGAAGAGGAACAGAGACCGCCGCCAGUCAAAAAGUUCCGCAACGAGGAUCGACGGACGAAUACAUACCGGGAAAGACCGGAACGACAGCAAGAGUUCAAAGCGAAAAAGCCAACCGACGACCGUCAUCCUUCCUGGCUGGCCAAGCAGCAGCAGAAACCAAUCAUCGGUGGUUUCAAGGGCAAGAAGAUAACAUUCGGCGAUGAUGGCCAGGCGGCAGAAAUUACGGCUCCCAGUAUCAAUCAUUCGAGUUCCACUGCUCCUCCUUUAUCCACCGAUGGCAUGCACCCUUCUUGGGUGGCCAAGCAGAAGUUUAAGCCCAAAAUCGCCGCCUUCCAGGGCACCAAGAUUAAGUUUGACGACGAAUAAAAAAUGUUGAUGGUA